UUAAGAAUUUGUAAGAUAAAUUAAAUUAAAAAUUUACAUAUAAUUUUAUAAAUGCAAAAUUAAAAUAAUAGGCAAUCUUUAAGAUUAGAACUUGUAAGAUUAGGAAUAUACAUGAGUUUGGUCUCAGGGAUGUCUAUAGUGAUUAAUAAUACCUUGUUCCUUAGUACUUUUCAUUUGUUUAGAUAUUCUAGUUCUAUAAUAAUGAGUAUGUAUAUAUUCUAGUUAAAAUAGAUAUCUUUAAUGUAAAAUUAUUUAAUCAUGUGUAAAAAUUGUCCAUAUAUAAAUAUUAUAAUAAUGGGAAAAAUAGUGCCAAAUCACGUUACAUCGUUGAUAAUAGUGAUGGCCAAUGAACUUUUCGUAACCGGGUGAUAACAGAACAAGUAGAAUAUCUACUUGCUAAUUUUCUUACGGAAUUUUUUAUUAAAAAAAAUAUACACAGUUUAAAUACAUACAAAAGUAUCGUACGUAGUGAUAUUAAUAUUGUUAGUAAUUAAUUAACGAUUACAAUAUGUUAUUUUUUAAAAUGCCCAUGAUAAAAAAAAUUUCCCAUAUUGGCCUAAUUAAUCUCCGUGCUUAUAGUUCCAAAGUAAAAUUAAAUGAUGUAGUCAUAGUCAGUGCAGCCAGAACCCCUAUGGGUUCCUUUCUUGGAUCACUCUCUAAUUUAUCUGCAACUAAACUUGGAGCAGUUGCUAUACAGGCAGCAAUUGAACGGGCUGGUAUAGCUAAAGAUCAAGUUAAAGAAGUAUACAUGGGAAACGUUUGUCAAGCUUAUCUUGGUCAAGCUCCAGCCAGACAAGCUACUUUAUUCGCUGGGCUACCCAAGUCAACAAUCUGUACCACGGUAAAUAAAGUCUGUGCAAGUGGUAUGAAGAGUAUUAUGCUUGCUGCACAAUCAUUACAAUGUGGACAUCAAGAAAUUGUACUUGCUGGUGGAAUGGAAUCUAUGUCCAAUGUACCAUUUUAUCUUAAAAGGGGUGAAACUAUGUACGGUGGUAUAAAACUUGAGGAUGGCAUUGUAUUUGAUGGCUUGACUGAUGUAUAUAACAAAUGUCAUAUGGGUAACUGUGCCGAAAACACUGCCAAAAAAUUUAAUAUCACACGACAAGAACAAGAUAAAUAUGCAAUUAAUAGUUACAAGCGUAGUGCUGCAGCCUAUGAAAAGAAAAUUUUUAAUGAUCAAAUUGUACCGGUUAAUGUACCUCAGAAGAAAGGUAAACCAGAUGUUAUUUUUGCAGAAGAUGAAGAAUACAAAAAAGUGAAUUUUGACAAAUUUGACAAAUUAAAUACUGUUUUUCAGAAAGAAAAUGGAACUGUAACUGCUGGAAAUGCAUCCACAUUAAAUGAUGGUGCUGCUGCUUUAAUUUUAACAACCACCGAUGUAGCACAAAAGUUAAAUCUGAAACCUUUGGCUCGUAUAGUAGGUUUUCAAGAUGCUGCAACCGAUCCCAUUGAUUUCCCAAUUGCACCUGCUCUCGCUGUUCCCACUCUGUUACAAAAUGCUGGGUUAAACAAAAAUGAUAUAACUCUUUGGGAAAUUAAUGAAGCUUUUAGCGUUGUGGUUGUAGCUAAUCAAAAAUUACUUGACAUCGAUCCUUCGAAAGUAAAUAUACACGGUGGUGCGGUAUCUCUUGGACAUCCAAUAGGGAUGUCGGGAGCUCGAAUAGUCGUGCACUUGGUGCAUGCUUUAAAGUCUGGAGAGAAAGGUGUUGCAUCUAUUUGCAAUGGUGGAGGUGGUGCUUCUUCGAUUUUAAUUGAAAAAUUGUACCACUCGGUUUCAUCUCCGCCGAAAAUAACGCUCUAUACGAAGCAUCCUUGUCCUCUUUGCGACAUCUUAAAGGAUGAAUUACGUUUACGUUUUGCUGAUAGAUAUCAAUUGGAAGAAGUUGAUAUUACGGCCUUGGGAAACGAAGCGUUUUUUAAAUUAUAUCGAUAUGAAAUACCAGUCCUCUUUUUAGAGGGUCAAUAUCUUUGUAAACAUCGUUUGGAUUCUGAUCUCUUAGAAAGGAGACUUAAAGAGUUGAUGUCAUGAGAAAUAACAUAAUACAAUGUUAUCAAAUUUGAUAUAAUUUCAGUUGUCAAUAAUCAUUGAUAUCAUGAAUCCUAAUGAUUCGAUUUUUGAUUACUAAAAAAUAUAUAAACGAGUAGAUGUCUACCGUAGAAGAACAAACAGUCUGC